GUCAGACAAAAUAUCGUCUACUUUUUGAUAAAAAUUAACUUACUCGUGUAAGAAAAAAAAAAAGUAAAUAAAAGAGCCAUCCCUAGAAAGAAUCUUGUUAAAUAAUUGUAGUUAACGUACAAACUUGAUUAAAAUAAUUGCUGGUGAUGAUAACCUUCUUAAAAUAACAUCCAAAAACUUUUUUAUGGGAGUUUCCCUUAGAAAUUUUACCGAAUAUAUUUUGAUUAGAAGAAUUUGUAGCAAUCUUUCAGAAUUUUAAAAAUUAAUCGUAUAAGCGUUGCUGGAAGCUGAAAUGUCUUUAAAACUCUUCCACAUACUGUUUAUUGCUGUUAAAAUGUUAUGGAGGUUCAUUCUGUUUCACUUAUUUGCAUUUAUUGUUUUUUCUUAUCGUAUGUUUGGCUCACGCGAAAAUAUAAAGCUUUUACGACGUAGAGUCAAUCAUAAAGUAGAAAGAGUUUACACUAAAGUAACAUUUUAUUUGAAGCUGCUAAUAACUAAAGGAAAGCUAUUCAUUCAACCUCAGGACAAAGACUUAAGCAUAUUUUUAUGUGAUCUUGUUGCGAGAGUUGAAAAUUGGUGGGAAGAACGUGUAAAAUAUAUGGAUCCUUAUAUCGAGUUUGAAGAAUGGGUUAUAGGGAAAAUCUUUGGAAGAGAUAUAGUAAAUGUAAAAUACACAGGAAGCCAUAGAGAAGCUAUUGUUUCAAUGCAUUAUUCUGAAACGUCUUCAGAUAUUGAUAUGAUGUACAUUUAUAAAGAUUUUUGCGUUAGUGAGACAGACGAAAGUGAAAUAAGCCAUUUGAAAAUAAUUAAUUCAGAAACACCUGGGUACAUAUACCUCAAAAUUAAUUGUUCGAAAUAUAAAAUAAUAAAACAAUAUAAUAAAAUUGCACAAAAAGGAGAGUUUUCCAAGUCUCUUCGAGUACCAAUGCUGAUUAAAUAUUUUUCUGAGGAUGUUUUAUAUAAGUUAGAUACUAUUAAUGAUGAAAGUAACAUCUUAAAAGCAAAUAGUUACUAUAUUAGAUCAGAUAAAUUUAGAUACAUGCAUGAACUUUUUGUUCGAGAACGUUUUUCUGGAUGGAUGCAAUUUCAACAAAAAGGACCCGCAAGUACUGUUGUUUGGAACGUUGCUUGCCUACCAAAACGUCUAAUGAUUGGUGAAAUCGAUAUCGUUUUUUGUUUCCACUGUAAAGAGUGGCCAAAGCAAGCAAAAGAAUGGCUUUCUAGAAAAAGAUGUUUUGGUUUUCCAUCAAAGGAGAUUAUUGCAGUUAUAAAGUUAUAUGGCGUUGACAUAGUUCCAAAAGGAAAUAUCCCUUAUAUUUCACAUUCUACUUUAAAAAUAUCUCCCCAUAAUGAGUGUGAUAUUCUUAAAUGGCGUUUUUCUUUUUCAGUAGCUGAAAUGACACUUGUAAAAAGUUGGAAAAAAUUGCAAAAGAUAUUCUACCGCCUUAUUAAAACUUUACGAAGUGAUUAUUUUAAUAAACAUAAUAUUUCAAGCUAUGUUUUAAAAAAUAUUAUGUUUUAUUUUGUUGAAGAAACAUCUGAAAAGUUAUGGAUUGAAAGUAACAUUGUAGUUUUGUUAAAACAAUACUUGGAGAGGUUAUCUGUUUGUUGUCAAAGUAGUUACUGUAGACACUACUUUAUUCAACAACAAAACUUAUUUCAAAAUAAAGACAGUUUUAACUUAAUGGCUGCUGCAGAGUUAUGCAAAAAUAUCAUAGAAAAUGUAUACAAAACAAUAUUGCUAUCAGAUGGAAUAUGGUUUAAUAUUAAAAAAUUUGAAUUUGUUGAUUAUUGGAAAAAUCUAACAAAAGAUUCCAAAACAUUAAAGCAACAUCAUCAACUUGAGCAAGAUCUUCAAGAUACAAAAGCUAAAGUAUAUGAAGCCAGUGUGCGAGUAUAUUAUAGUCACAAAGUUCACAAGGAAGCAAUGAAAUUUAUAAUCAAGUCACUAAAUGCAUCUAACAUCUCUUCUUCAAUUGUUCUUCAAUGUCUUCUUAGUUAUAUAAAGAACAAAGUGACAGUUAGCUUUAAUGAAAAUGAACUUUUAAGAAAACAGGACGAAAAAAUUGGGUUAAAAAAAUUUGAAAUGAUGAAUGAAGAAGAGAAAAUCGUAUUUUUUCAAAUUUGUUGGGUAACUAUAAAAUGUUUAAGGUAUGCAGAUAAAGUAAAAAAUAUUACAGUAAAAAAUGAUGGUCUUAUGAAUAGCAACAGUAUAAAAAUUCAAUCAGUAUUAUUAGAUAUGUUAACAAAAGAUAAAAUUUCACAACCUAUUGUUGCAGCUGAGCUGUUUCUAAAAAAGCGUUAUAAAGAUUGUUUAAAAAUUCUUUUUAAUAUUACUGCUCAAAAUGGAGUCGAAGAACUUUUAAACGCUAAAAUCACACCGUUAAUAUUUUGUUCUCUUGAUCUAAAUAUAGUAAAUCAAAUAAAGGACUUCAGAUUUGGUGAUGCGGCUUACUACUUUCCACUGUCAUUGUUCAAAAUAUUUGUCGUUUUGAAGAUAAAAUGUAAAUUGAAUAAAGAUAAGGAAAUUCAUAAAUUAGAUAAAAUAUUACCAUCAAAAUUAGAGCUAAUAAGCACGCUAGAAAAAGUAGCUGCAUUAUGGAACGAACUUCCUUUACAUAUUAAUGCGCAUCUUUAUGAAACCGUAUUCAUAUCGCUUAGUAAACAUGCACACAAAAUUAUGCAAAUUGAAGUACUGAAACUCAAAAAAUGACAUUGUAUUUAAAACGGCUUUAACUUCUUUUUAAUAUAACACACAAUAUGUACUAAAGCACACUAUAAACUUUCUUGUUAAAAUUUGUUCUUUUUACUUAUAUCAUAAGUUUGUUUAAGGUGGUAGUCUACCUAAAAAUAAGAACAUUUCAAUUUAUACUGUUUUACUCUAUUUUAUAUAGGUAAAAAAUAAUGGUGAUAUUUAUAUUCCAUAUAAAUGUUUAAAACGAAUAAAAUUUCAU